AUGAGCGAUCUACAGCGAGCCUGGGCGCGAUCAAAGCUUGGGAUUCCCGCGGAGCCUUUUGAGGAGCUGGACGAGGCGGAGGAGGACCAGGUGCCGGAGCUGCCAGAAGGAGUCGACGACGAUUCCUCUUCGGCCUCAUCGGCCUCGUCGGUAUCGUCUACGGGGACAAUUAUCCCGACGCCGAGCCAGAGGCUCUUUGCUCGCCCCCAAGGCGUCGCAAGGGGCAGAACGCUGGAGCAGAUCCCGUGGACCACUUACUUUGAGCGAGAGCUGUUUCUAAAGUCUGAUGCCAACCCAGAGGUGACUUACCAUGUCUACCUCAACUCACCGGUAGAAAAGGGGCCCUUGUACGUGAUGCAUCACGGCGCCGGAUCCUCUGGGCUCUCGUUUGCGGUGGUGGGCUCUGAAAUAAGAAAACGACUGCCAAAUGCUGGCAUACUGGCAGUCGACUGCAGAGGUCAUGGUUCCACAACUGCUCCUGACGGCGCGGCCUUGGACCUGCGGCUGGAUACGUUGUCAUCUGACCUUUUCGCCAUGAUUGAGGCCACGAAAGCGCAGAUGGGCUGGCCAGAGCUGCCCCCUAUAGUUCUCGUGGGCCACUCGCUAGGGGGUGCUGUGGUAACAGACCUCGCCAUGAGUAAAAAGCUGGGCACAUCUCUCCUGGCAUAUGCAGUGCUUGAUGUUGUUGAAGGCUCUGCCAUGGACGCACUUCAGAGCAUGCAAACAUACUUGUCCACGCGGCCGGGAGGGUUUGCAACUGUCGAGUCGGGCAUUGACUGGCACAUCAGAACUCGAACUGUGAGAAACUCUCUCUCUGCUAGAGCUUCAGUACCGGCCUUGUUGGUAUGGGACGAGAGCCGAGAUGCGUCUCGCCCAUGGAGAUGGAGAACAAAUCUUGCAGCUACACAACCAUUUUGGGAAGAUUGGUUUGUAGGGCUGAGUAAGAAGUUCUUGGGGGCACGCGGGGGGAAACUUUUGCUGCUUGCUGGCACAGAUCGACUAGAUACGGAGUUGACGAUUGGGCAGAUGCAAGGUAAAUACGCUCUGCAAGUAUUCCCGGAUGCCGGACAUUUUAUCCACGAGGAUAAGCCAGAGCAAACAGCCAUGACUCUGGUGGAUUUUUACCGCAGAAACGAUAGGAGUGCGUUGGUUCUGCCGCCCAAAGUCUCUGAGCUCUUGAAGCAGGGGAAGAAGGUAUAA